UUAUCCAACAGACUUUGUUCGGAGGACCCGUGUGUCAGGUUGAAGAUUGCGGAGAGAACGCACUUUGUGUAGAAAAUAUGUGCGAAUGUGACAAGGGAUUUUACAAUUUUUUCUCUCCCUACAUUGCUACUAUAGACGGCUGCUUUGCGACUUGUGAUAUUACGGGCGACAACUCCGAAUGUAACAGGAACCAACUUUGUGAAGUCAAGAAUUUCUUCCCUGAAUGUGUCUGUAAAGAAGGUUUUACAGGAGAACAAUGUGAUGAGCGGAUCACCACCACCACAAUGGCAACUACCUCUGCGAUGACAACCACAAUACGAGAACGAGGCUUGCCACGUCUGGCGCUGACUGCGGCAUUAGGUAUUCCUGCUUUCAUAGUGGUAACCGCUGGACUUCUGGGAUCUAGUUAUUAUGGAUAGAGAUUGUGUGUAGAGUUUUUUUCUGAAUAUUUUUAAUUAUCAAUAAGGAGAAAAAUAAAGCAUGGAAAAGAAAA